AUGUCGUCGGGUCCAAACAGAUCCCGCCUCUCAAAGUGGUAUCCCAUCAGCUUUGCCAUUGCCGCUGUCGUCUUUUUCAUUAUCGGCGGUGCACUGAUAGGUACCUACUUUAACUCUUCCUGGUCAUCCUGCGACAGCUCCUACUACUAUUACGAUAGCUAUUACAGCGGUAGCAGCUGCCUCGAUGGAAACAAUGGCGAGUUCUACGGUGGUUACGCCUGCAUCGUGAUUGGCGGUAUCUUGAAGCUCACUGCUUGGAUUCUCUUUAUCAUCUGGUGCGUCAAGCGUCAGCGUGGAAACUCAACAAACAUCACAUACGUCAACAACGCCCCCAUGGAGCCUAUCAAGCAACAGGAGCACUAUGCAGCCCCUCAACCAAUGUACCCCGCCCAGGGUGCUCCUUACGUGUCUCCAUCUCCUGCUUCCUCUGGUACCAUCUACGCUGAGGCAGGUGCGCACUCAUCUGUAGGAACGCCUCCACCGAAGGAGGGCCUAGCGACGGGCACCGGAUACAAAUUCUGCUCUCAGUGUGGAACGGCUUCGAGUGGGCGAUUCUGUCCUCAGUGUGGAAUUGCCGUCCGAGUCUGUGGAUGA